AUGAUCGUGCCCGUGCGGUGCUUCACGUGUGGCAAAGUGCUGGCCAACAAGUGGGAGACGUACUUGGGGCUGCUGCGUGCGGACUACACAGAGCGCGACGCGCUGGACGAGCUGUCGCUCAAGCGCUACUGCUGUCGCCGGAUGAUGCUCACGCACGUGGACCUGAUUGAGAAGCUGCUGCAUUACAAUACGGGCGCCAUUGAACGAGGCGACGAUUGA